AUGCGUGCCAUAACCGUGGGCAUCAUCUCCAUUGGAGACAUGGGCCUAGGCAUAGCCAAACUCCUCCAAGCCCACGACUACCGAGUCGUCACCCUCAGCGAAGGACGAAGCAACCACACCCUCUCCCGCAUCCACGCGGCCAACAUCGAACCCCUCCCCUCCGACCAAGCCCUCGUCGCCCAAGCAGACUACAUCUUAUCCAUAGUCCCACCACGUAACGCACUAGCCACCGCCCAGCGCAUUGCGGCCGCCUGCACACACUCCGAAACAGCCCGCCAACGGGCCGCGAUCGACGAUGUCAACGGCCACCCGCAUCGUAGCCCGCUCUACUUUCUCGAACUCAAUGCGACGCCGCCCCGAUUGGCAGGGGAGUUGGCAGAUCUGUUCGUGGAGGACGAGUCCGCCACGUCAACACCGUUUGUGCGGUGCCACUUUCUUGACGGCGGAAUUAUCGGGGGCCCGCCAGUGCUAACGCCAGCACCAGUACCAGCACCGGCAUCUACGUCUGCGUCUGCGUCUGCGUCUGCAUCUGUAACGGCAGACGCAGACAGACCCCGCGGAACAUGGAAGAGGCCCAGCGUGGUUUUAUCGGGACCAGUAGUGGACAACCUCCCGCCGAGCUUUGCGCCGCUGGCCUCCGCGCUGAACGCAAAGAUCGUUUCACCACGGAUAGGCGCCGCGUCAACGCUCAAGCUCACUUUUGCCGCGCUGACCAAGGGCCUCACGGCCCUAUCCAUCCUCUCCUUCUCGACAGCGCAGCGCGAAGCGCUUCUCCCAGAACUACUGGCCCAUCUGGACGAGUACUCGCCCGCGACGGCGGCGCUGGCGCGCGGCGGUGUGAUCGCGAUGAGCCCCAAGGCGUACCGGUGGGAGGAGGAGAUGCGGGGGAUUGGCGAGGCGUUGGAGACGCAGGGUGGGUGGGAGGGAGUUGGGAUGGAUGUUUAUGGCGGGUUUGCGGAGGUUUAUCGUGUUGUUGCGGAGGAUACGGUGUUGGGGAUGGAGCGGGUUGGGGCACGCGAGCGGGGGACGAGUGUGGAGGAUGCGGCGGUGCUUCUUGCGGAUCGAGGGCGAGAGAGUCGUGAGGGGCCGAGAUCGUGA